AUGGUAAAGGAUAAUUUAACCAAUCUUUUAUCUCAAUUGAAUGUGGAAUCCACACAUAACGAACAUUCAAAAGCAGAACAAACAUGUUUGAAUCUUUUAGAUGGUGGUUGUAGCAACCCAGGUCAAAUAUUUAAACAUUGUUUAAUUGCAGUAAUUAAACAAGACAAAUACGAGAGGGCAUUGGCUUUAUUACAAAGAUAUAAACACAUCGAUGAAAAAUAUGGCAGCCAAUUUAUGUUGGAAAAACUAUACAUUUAUUAUAAAUUGAAUCAAGUGGCUAAAUUUGAAAAACUCUUCUCUUCUAAAUUCAAGGAUGGUAUUGAUGGUAUAUUAAAGGUUAAGAUGACUUCCAAGAAUAGAGGUUUAUUACAUGCAAGGGCUCAAUUCUGUUAUAGAAAUGGGAAGUAUGAGGAAUCAUAUAAGAUUUAUCAUUAUUUGGCUUCCAGCAACGACCAAGAAGAAUUCGAUAAUGAUUUGGAAUUAGCAUGUAAUGAACGUGUACCAUUAACUGCGUUACCCAAUUUGGAAGUAUCAUCGCCACUUUUCAGUAAACUACAUGACGAAUCUUACGAUUUACUUUUCAAUGAAUCAAUGAUUCUUUCCGCUAAGGAAUGUUAUCAGGAAGCCAUUGAGUUACUAACAAGGGCAUUAACAAUGGCCAAAGGUGAUGGCUACGAAAGUGAUAUUAACGCUAUCGAAUUGCAAUUGGCGUACGUAUAUCAAAUGAUGGGGGAAAAGGAUGAUUCCAAGAAGCUUUUAAACAACCUUUUAACGAAAUUAGAACCAGGUUCUGCAUUCCAAUUAAUUGUUAAGAAUAAUAUCAAUUCAUUUAUAGACUUUUCCAAAUAUUCGACAAAUUUCAAUUUACUUCAAAGAAAUUUGAAUUUUGAAAAGCUUAACUCGUUAAACUUACAAAAUUUAACGUUUGAACAAUGGUCAACAAUCCAACGCAAUUAUAUGUUUUUACAAUUAUUCAACAAUAAUAAAGUUCAAUCAAAAUCCACCAUUUUGUCGCGAACAUUAAGCAAUUACUCCAAUUUGGUUGACAACGUAUCAUUAGAAACUUAUAAAACGCAAUCCAAGAAAUUAUACCAUCAUUGUAUUUCAAUGAUAAAUAGUGGCACCACCGGAAGUGUCAUUGGAUUUUUGUUGUUGACACUUCAAUUACUCAUAGUGGAGAAACAGUGGGAUAAUUCCAUUAGAUUAUGUGAAUCAUUCUUGAAUAAGGACAAAUCUUCCUCUAAAUCUAACCAUAUUGUCAAAUAUAUCCUGUUUGAAUUGUAUAAGGUUACAGGGAGACAUAAUUCGAAGAGGAUGUUGUUAUUCAGAACUCUCACUACUUUGGAUAAUUGGGAUAGUAUUGAACAGGAUUUACCAUUCUGGAAACAUGUUGCAUUCCAAAAUUUAACUAUAGGACAAACCAAGGACGCUAAGAAAAUUUUUGAUGUGAUUAAGCAACAUGAUAAUAAUGAAUUAAUUGAAUCGAUUUUAUCAGGUGAAUCAUUCAACAUUGAAAAAUGUUCUGAACUAGUAGCUGAUAUUGACGUAGAUGAACUUAUUGCAUCUGGUAUUAAACCAUUAGAGUCUACAUUAAGGAAGAAAACCGUGGAUAAUAAAGCUAAUAAAAUACUCAAGAACAAAAUGCAAUUAAAGAAUAAAAAGAGGAAAGAACAGAAACUAAAGAAAUUCUUGGCAACUCACGAAUCUGCCAGUAGUAGUAAAUUUCCAGAUCCAGAAAGGUGGGUCCCAAUGAGAGAUAGGUCAACGUACAGACCAAAGAGAAGACAACAGCUUACAAAGCAGACACAAGGUGGUGUUAUGAGCAAAAAAGCUGAACAAGCCUUAGAUAUCUCCAAGAAGACACCACCACCAGGUAGAAACAAUGCCAAAAAGAAUAAAAAGAAGGGCCGUAAGUGA